AUGGACGUCAAUUGGGCGAUAAGACCUCUGGAGAAGGAACCACCAAGCUAUCCGCCCAACAGUGAAUACUUCACUAUUAAGUUGCAAUAUACAGAUGGUGACGUGCACAAAUGGGCCGAUCGUAGUCUAGCUGGGUUUGCAGAUUAUUGUUGCGCGGAUAAAAUAUCUAGAUUAGAACUUGUAGACAUGGCAAAGGAGAUGGGAUUAAUAGUUGAUGGUUGUAGGUUCUGGUGGUUAGACAUUAACAACAGCAGAAUGGGUUUAAGAGAAAUAAUUAAUGAUGCGAGAUGCACUAGCAAUGGCAAUGAUCGUGAAUCACACCAAAGAAAUGCAUCAACUGAAAAUGUAGACAAAAUCAUAGAAAAAGUUCAGUUGGGUAAUGUUGAAGAAAGUGAAGCAGGAAAUGUAGAAGGUGGUAAUGCAACAGAUGAAGAAGCUGAUGAUGAUAAGGAAUUAGAAGAGGGCAGUGAGCUGCAUGACUCAGAAUAUAGUUUCAAUAGCCAAGAGGAGGGUGAUGAGGAGGGAGUUAUUCUUGAUAGUGGUUCUGUCCCUAUGCAUUUACCUGUGGCAGAUGCUGAAUCAGAUUAUGCUUCAUCCGAUGACUUGAAUUCCUGUUCUUCAACAGAUGAGGAACAAUUAGAACCAAACAAACCAAAGUAUGCAGAAUUCAAUCAGGACUGUGAUAUGAAGGAUCCCCAUUUCAAGAUUGGGAUGAAAUUCUCUAGUUUCAAGCAGUUCAGGGAGGCUGUUAGAAAUUAUGGUAUUAAGAAUAGAUGUGUCAUGAACUUUAGGCCCAAUAAUAAAAAGCGGUGCAAGGCAUAUUGCAGGAAAGGAUGUCCUUUUUAUUUAUGGGCUGCACCAAUGGUAACUGAUAGAAACACAAUUCAGAUUAAAUCAAGUAUUUUGAAGCAUGAAUGUACUCGUGAUCACAAUGUUCGACAUGUCAGUGCACAGUGGAUUGCAAAGGAAUAUAUGGACCAAUUUCGUGCAGAUCCUUCAUGGUCAAUACCAGGAAUUAUUCAAGCAGUUAAGUCCAAUCAAGAAGUUAAUAUAAGCAGGAUCAAAGCUUGGAGGGCUAAGGCCAUCGCAAGGAGCCUCCUAGAUGGUGAUGAAAGCUAUCAGAUGAGAAGAUUAUAUGAUUACAGACUUGAACUCAUGAGGACACAACCAAGAUCAACAGUGAUAUUUAAAUGCAGUGAAGGGCAAUUUGAAGGUAUGUAUGUUUGCUUGGGGCCUCUAAAAUCAGGUUUCUUGAUAGGAUGCAGGCAGGUCAUCUCCUUAGAUGGGUGUUUUCUGAAGAAUUUAUUUGGAGGGCAGCUACUUUCAGCUGUGGGGAUAGAUGCUAAUGAUUGCAUCUACCCCAUAGCAUGGGCUAUAGUAGAUAGAGAAAACUUUGAGAACUGGAAUUGGUUUCUAGAGCUGUUGGCCAAUGACUUGGAGAUAGUUAACAGCCACCAUUGGUGUUUCAUGAGCGAUAGGCAAAAGGGCCUUAUACCUGCCUUAGAGCAAUUAUUUCCAAAUAGUGAACACGGGUAUUGUGUACGACACAUCCAUACAAACUUCAGAAACAGUUUCAAAGGCAAAGUCCUUAAGGACCAAAUGUGGAAAUGUGCUAGGGCAAGUUAUAUUCCUGCCUAUAAUAGGGAAAUGGAAAUCCUACAAGUUAUGUCUCCUGAAGCUCACAGGUUCUUGAAGAAUAUAGAUCCUAAACAUUGGUGUAGGGCAUACUUCAAACCACAAUUUAAAUGUGAUAUGCUUUUGAAUAAUUUAUGUGAGUGUUUUAAUAAUCAGAUACUUGAUGCUAGAACAAAGGGAAUCAUUACAAUGAAUGAAAUCAUUAGAACAAAGCUAAUGAUUAGGAUUCAAAGAAAGAGGGAUGCUAUGCAAAAAUGCACCACAGAUUAUUGCCCUAAGAUUUUAAAAAAGUUAGAGAAAUCAAAGAAGAUGAGUUGGUCAUACACAACAACAUGGUCUGGAGGAGAUGAAUAUCAAGUUUUGGGAUAUGAUGGCCAAUUUGUAGUUAAUAACACAGAGAGAACAUGUACAUGUAGGAGGUGGCAAUUAACAGGACUGCCUUGUUGUCAUGCAAUUUCUGCUAUAUAUUACAAUAAAGACAAACCAGAGAACCACCUAGAAGACUGUUACAAGGUGUUCACAUUUUUAGAGACAUAUUCCCACAUAUUACACCCAACACAAGGUAUGGAUUGCUGGCCUACAAGUGAUCAAGGGCCCAUGAUUCCACCAGUACCUACAAACAAGAAAAAAGGCAAGAAAACAAUGAACAUGCGGAAACAACCAGAUGAGACAAUUGGCUUUGCUAAAGGGAAGGUGAGCAGGAAGGGAAAAACAAUUACUUGCAGUGUGUGUGGUGCUUUAGGUCAUAAUAGAAGAUUUCAUGGGAUGCAGGGGAAAAAAGAAAAUACUACCAAACAACCAGUUGAUGAUGCUAAUACAACAGCAAAUACCAUUGAUGAUUCUACAAAUGACCCUAUGGAUGCAAUUGACCCUAGUGUCUUAAAGGAACACUUUCAUCAGGUUGAUAUCAUGAGUGGGACCAUGCACAAUGAGGAACAUAUAGCACCAGCAAAAUUUAUGUUACAGGUGGAUGUCAUAAGUGGAAUUGGUGACAAUAUGGAACCCAUAGCCCUUGCACAGGCUCGAGAAGAACCUAUGUCACAGGUGAAUAAUAACUUCGAGCAAAAUGUCCAUGACCCAUCAGUUGCAAAUGAAGGUGAAAGGAGGCUGAGAGAAAAGUUUAUUACAAAGGGGGGCAAGAAACAAGGCAUAUUAGGAGAAAAAGAAAAGGAGCAGCUUCACAUGGAACCUGGAAAAAGAAAACAUCUUCAAAAUAAGAGCAAAGAAGAAGUUGUAGAGAAGAAAAAAAAGAUAUGGGUUCCGCCAGGCCUUAGAAGAGUUGGUGGUUCUACUGCUGGGAAGAACAAAUGA